GCAGCGCCUACCAGUGACGUUGUGGGCUGCAGCGCUGCAGCACCCAACGCAGUGAGUGUGCUGUGACCUCCUGCGUGGCCUCGUCCCUGGUCUUAGUUUCCACCGGGCAGUGGGAGUCAGGACCGCCUGUCCUCAGGCCCCUCCUCAGCGACUGUGGCGGCUGCAGGUUGGCGCCUCGUGUGGGCGGGGAGCAGAGGCGGGGGGCGCUGUACUCUCCCUGUGGAGUCCGGAGGGAGGGAGGCAGGGAAGGGGACUGGGGGCUGCACCUGUACUGGGCCCUUGUCCCCAUGCGGUCUAGCAGGAAGGAAGAGGGAGCUUCCCCUGAAGACCCUGCUGGACCAGCCCCAGGCUCCUGUGCUCGUGAGGCCGAGGGAGCGGGAUGUCGGCAUAGGACACGGAGCAGGAUUUCCAUUUUAGAGGCAGCCGGACCUGUCUUCAGGUCCCUUCCUUGGUGACAGGGGUACGCCAGAGGAAGCUGGGCGCUCGGCCGCUGUGCAGCCUCGUCUCCUGGAAUCUGAGUAUUGGAAACUGGGCUUUCACCUCGGAUAACUCAGCACAGACUCCCAUGGGAAUCCAGGUCACAGCAAAGCAGCCCUGGGCCUCCAUUCUCCUUUAAGCAAGCAUGACAAUCCUCACCUGACUGGGUUUUUAUUAAAACUAGCAAUGACCUUAGAAAGCAAGGCAUGACCUCAGCUCCACUUUUGAGGCUGCAGUCCAUUUAGAGAGGUUUCCCAGACUCGGUAACGGCCAGAACAAACAGCCUGUGCCCUGCCGCAGACUGAGUCAGAAUUUUUGGGAGUAGUGACCAACUUCUGCUUUUGGAAAAACCUCUACAGGCGGUUCUGAGAAGUCCAAGGGUUGCUGGGAGAGGUUGCAGGUUGCACGCCAGGGCCUGUACUUACCACCACCACGUGCCACGGGACUCUAAGGAGGAAUGGCGGCCGUGGGCAGCCUGCUUGGCCUGCUGAGGCAGAGCACCGUGAAGGCCACCGAACCUGCACUCCGCCACCUGCACACAUCCUCCUGGCAGGCCGACAGCAGCAGGGCCUCACUCAGUCGUGUGCACCGCCAAGCUUAUGCACGACUCUACCCUGUACUGCUGGUGAAGCAGGAUGGCUCCACCAUCCACAUCCGCUACAGGGAGCCGCGGCGCAUGCUGGCGAUGCCCAUAGAUCUGGACACCUUGUCUCCUGAGGAACGCCGGGCCAGGCUGCGGAAGCGUGAGGCUCAGCUCCAGCCGAGGAAGGAGUACGAGCAAGAGCUCAGUGAUGACUUUCAUGUGGAGCACUACCAACAGUUCUGGAACAGGACCAAGAAGUGACCGUGGCUCCAGCCACCCCGGGACGUGGAUAAGAUGGGAGGGCUGUUCUUAAAUCACAUAUUCUCGAAGCUGCCACCUGGA